AAUGGACUUAUUCCAUCCUGUGCUGCGCCGCGUGCGGCGGAGGGAGGUGCGGCGGCGCGAGCAGCGACGGCGACGGCGGCGGAUCCAGGGGGGGCCGUUGGCUUGGCUCCCGUUGCUGGCGACGAGGCUACCAGGAGGCCGGACUGCAUCCUCGGCCGUCCCCAGCCCGGCAGCAAGCCCUGCACCGAUUCAGCCUCAUCACCUGCUGUGGAAUGGAUAUUUUUUUCUACGAAUGUAAGGAGGUCUUAAAGAUCCAGAAGUUCCGGCGUAUGGUGUCGUAUGCUGGAUUCUACUGCUUCACUACCCUCCUCACCUAUGCUUAUACGAGCAAUACGACAAGGGCUGGCAUUUCUAGGGGCGACCAAUUUUACGCCUCCUAUCCUGCUGGUACUGAGCUAUUAACUGACACUGCAAAGCUUUACAAGGCUGCAUUGGGUAAUUGCUUCGAAAUAGAUGACUGGGGCCCAUUAGAGUUCUCUAUCAUGGCAAAGCAUUUUGAUCGGCAAGGAAAACCUCCAUAUGCCUACCAUGCACAAUACAUGGCACACCUUCUCUCCCAUGGGCAGCUCGAUGGAAGUGGGUAGCUGCAUGAUCUACUAAGUUAUGGUAGCGUACUGUUGGUAUCACCAUGACAAUUAAAUUCCACUGAGAUGCUCUGUACAAAUGGCCUGCCUUGGUACACUCUGAGUUCAGAUGGCACGCGACAAUGAAAUAGUGCUCAAAGUAUAGAUAAUUUCAGGGUUUUUUUUUUUAUAAAUUUCAGGAUUUUUGUAUAAGACAUCAAGCACUACAUUAUGAACUCAUCACUACUGUCAACGAUGCAAUAGUUCCUGGAGACGUUCCCUUUUCGAGAAUACAAAGAAAUGACAAUGUCUGUUGAUGAAGCAUUAAUGCUGUUCAAUUUGUUGAACGGAACUGCUACAUUUGUGCGCAAACAGCAUGUUAGUUGUCUUCUGAAC